UCAAAAUUUUAUUCAAAAUGUGUAUUUUUAUUAUAUUAAAAUGUGUAUAUAUACUAAACUAUGCGAGAUACAACAACAAUUUGUUGUUUCCUAGUGGUUCACCCCCAUGUUCUCUAGAUAAAUAACCCGUCUUCGAUUCCCCUUGAUGCAUUUUAUUUAAUUUACAUUAUUAAUUCGGAUACGCAUCGGGUUUCGGAUUUGGGUUGGAUCGGUCCAAGACACGCGGGUCCUCUGCAACAAAACCUGAUAGGAUAAUUUGAUCGGAUCGGUUCGGUUCCGAACUGGGUUUUUUCGGGUUGGUUUCGGGUCGGGUCUUCGGGUCCGGGUAAAAUGCCCAGACCUACAGCAAUUACUAUGAGUUAACAACUUAACAUGACGAAAUCAACUCAAAAGCACAAAAUUGCUAUAUUCUAAUCCCAUCAAUCUAAUUAAAAUUCAAGACGUUAUAACUUUUCAAACAAACUUUAUAUUAUAUUGCAGUCCAUGAUUUAGCCGUCCAAAUAAAGCACAACGAAUGUGGCACAACACUAUAUCUUCCAUUUUAAGAAUCAUCUAUCUUUUUACAAAAAAAAGAAAGAAAAAAGAAUCAUCUAUCUUCUCACUUUUGCGCUCAUAUUUGUCACCACUCCGAUACGUUUGUAUUUGUUCUCUAUUGAUUAACUCUAUUCGAUAAAUAAUCACAUAUAUAGUAUCAGAACUAGCUACUUUUCUUAGUUUUUUUCCGAUAAAGGGAAUGAAGUCGCAAUUUUCCUCCAUUGUAUUUUUCAACCAUAAAUCAUUGAGCAAACACAGGUGGACAAAAACAUAUACAAAAGAUCUUUAUAAUUCUGUACUAUUUUAACCAAAAAGUGGAAAAAUGUUUAUUAUUCACGCGUGUUUAUUUAUUUAUUUUAUUUAAUACUUUAUACAAUGAAAGGUAUAAUAGGAUUAACAUUUAUAAAAGAUUUAGUGCCCGGAACUUAACGAAAAGAAAUCAUUCAAUUAGUUUGUUUUUUUUCCUAUUUUCAUGGUAACCGACUAUAAUUAUGGAAAAAGAAGAUGUGCUGAUAUCAACAUUUGCUUUGAUUGAAUGAAAGAAGCUUGGUUCCAAAGCUGUUCAAGAAGCUUGGUCCCAAAGCUAUCCUAAUCCUAAUAAGAUGCAAUUGUGAUAUAUGGAAAUACGUAAAAAAGAUCUAGAGUAAUCCAAAAUAUACAAAAUAUUUGUUAACAAUUAAAAAUAUGGAGAUUUGUAUCUAUCAAUACAAAGAUCUAGAAUGUUCCGAAAUAUAGCAUCGAGACCUGAGGUCUUUAUUAUAUAUAUGUAUUCGUAGUUUCAAUCAAAAUACAUCUUAUUUCAUAUCCCUAAUCUCCCUAUAUCUUUCUCUUGCUCCGCCGCCGUAAACUUCCUCUUAUUGACAAGAUGGCCGUCACAGAAGGACAACAAGUCAUGGCUCUCAUCAGCAAGCGUCUCCGUGCUCACCGCAAGAGGUACAACCGUAUUACUGAGAUGGAAGAGGCGGUCUCUCAGGGCAAAACCCUAAACAAGGAGCAACAAGAAGCCAUCCGCUCGAAGCCAAUCGUUACCGCCCUUAUUGAAGAGCUCGAGAAGCUCCGUCUUCCCCCUUCUCCUCCUCCUUCCACGGCCGGUUCAGAAGAGAUCAACCUCCCUGCUAAGAAAAAGGAACGUAAGGAGGAAGCCGAGGAGGAAAAUUUAACUGAGAAAGACGUGACGGACCCUGAGGGUUGCAAGAUAUCUGAUGGUCUCGAUGCUGGUGAGGUCUCCAAGGACAAUAUUUCUCCGUGUAGCGUGAGCUCACAAGAUGGUACGACGUCGCCGCCCCCAGCGACUAAUGCAAAGCCACGACGUAAACGGAAUAAGGCGAAGAAACCUAAGACUUCGAACUGAUCGAGUCUCCGACUUUUGUACGAAGCGGAAGUACAUUGCGAAACUAUGAAUUGCUUUGGUCACAAUCCUGCAGUUUCCUUUUAGUGUUCUUCCGCUUGUUCACAAGAGCAUUUUGCGUUUGAGCUUUCUUUCUACUAUUUUUAAUUCAUUAUGGAAUUUAUUACUAGAGAAUUGUUUCGUCGCCUCGAGUGUUUUCAUUCCUAUGGAAUACAAUCUAUAUUAUGCUAAGAUUUAUUUA